CUUUUACGCUAAGAUAUAGCCUACGAUAAAAAAAAUUGUGUAAAUUUAACGCCGAGUGUUCGUAAUCAGUUUGUAAAUAAAGGAGGUAUUUUUACGCGAAUGGAAUCUUUCUGCGAUGCUUCGAAUAUGAUAGAUGAAUACGAGUAUGCUCGAAUGUGACGUUGAUUUCGAUUGCCGAAGACGUCGUCGACGCAGCAGCGAACGUGUAAAAAAUCACUUAUCACGAGAUCGCGACUCGGCGAAUAUUCCAAGUUCAUUAACAGAUGAUUUCGAUGCUCGCCGAAAAGCCUCCGAAUACCAAUACCAUUCUUCGCUACCGUGAAAAUCGCAAUUAACAUUAAUUUCGUCGAGUAAAAACAAAUGGAGAUCUCGAUACGAUGGCUAUUGAUCGUCUGGAUCACGUUCGUGGGUCGUCUGCAAGCCCUACAAAUUGGUGUCGGAAUCGCCGACGUGACCGGUCCAUCUGUAGGAAUUCCGUUUAUGGGAUACGCCAAUAUAGAUCAAAAAGGUCAAGGAAUUCAUUUGAGACAAUUCUCCAGGGCGUUCAUUGUCAGCGAGCAUAAUCAGAACUUCGUUUUCAUCAGUGUCGAUUGCGGAAUGAUAGGAAAUGGGUUGAGGAAAGAGGUUUUGAAAAAACUUGGUCAAAAAUUCGAAGACUUGUACACGGUGAAUAAUGUCAUGAUUAGUGGAACUCAUACUCAUUCGGCUCCUGGAGGAUUCCUGAUGGAUUUCCUGUUCGACGUAUCGACUCUGGGUUUCAAUCAAGAAACGUAUAGUGCGUUGACCAAAGGGAUCGUUUUGAGCGUUGAACGAGCUCACCAGAACUUGAAACCAGGUAGAAUCUAUAAAUCUGUAGGAAUCUUGCUGAAUGCGAAUAUUAAUCGUAGUCCGACCGCUUACAAAGAGAAUCCGGAAGCUGAAAGGGCAAAAUACGAAUACGACGUCGACAAACAAAUGGUACAAUUGAAAUUCAUAGACGACAACAAUAAACCAAUGGGAAUGAUAUCCUGGUUCGCUGUACAUCCAACCAGCAUGAACUACACCAAUACAUUGAUAUCUACAGACAACGUUGGAUACGCUUCGAUCCUAUUCGAGAAAAAAAUGAACCCCAAGGGAUCACUUAUAGGCAAAGGUCCUUUUGUAGCGGCCUUCGCGUCGACUAAUCUGGGUGAUGUAUCACCUAACAUAAUGGGCGCACGAUGUCAACUGACGGGCAACGAAUGCGAACCGAAUAGCAGCAGGUGUGGUAACGAGAAAGACCUGUGUAUUGCUAAUGGUCCUGGACAGGAUAUGUUCGAGAGCACCAAGAUAAUAGCCGAACGUCUUUAUGGUAAAGCUCUGGAAUUAUGGAAUUCAAAAAGUACCGAAGUCACUGGUGAUAUAAGGACGAUUCAUCAAUACGUUCAUAUGCCUUCGCAGACGGCCAAGUAUACCGAUCCGAUAACCAAAAUAAGUAAAAUAGUAACUGGGUGUUUGCCUGCGAUGGGGCACAGUUUCGCAGCCGGCACAACCGACGGUCCGGGUUUAUUCUCGUUCAAGCAAAGUCAAACUAUGCCAGACAAUCCUCUAUGGAACAUGCUGACCAGUACUUUGGCUACACCAUCGCUCAAUCAAACCACUUGUCAUGGCAUCAAACCAAUCCUAUUGACAACCGGUGAGAUGAAAUUCCCUUUCCAAUGGCAACCAGAUAUUGUCUCUACUCAACUAGCGCUCGUUGGAAAAAUAGCCAUCGUCUGUGUUCCGGGCGAAUUCACCACCAUGUCUGGUAGAAGACUGAGAACCGCUUUGAGGAAAGCUCUACAACUGGAGAAAGACACUGAUGUGAUAAUAGCCGGUCUGUGCAAUACUUAUAGCGAUUAUAUCACCACUCCUGAAGAAUAUCAAGUACAAAGAUACGAAGGAGCAUCCACCAUAUUCGGUCCUUAUACGUUACCAUUAUACAUUAGUCAAUUUGAAAAGCUCGCUUCUAAGCUCAAAGGUGUACGCGGAGAUAUGAUCUCGCCAGGUCCUACGCCAGCUGAAUUUUUCAAUAAAUUGAUCUCAUUAGCUCCUCCGGUUGUGUUCGACAAUCCUCAAUGGGAUUACAACUUUGGUGACUGUACACAGCAGCCUCCCGCAUCUGUCAAAAUUGGCAGCACUGUUUCGGUGAAAUUUGUUGCAGGACAUCCGAGAAAUAAUCUACGUCACGAAGACACUUACCUUACCGUAGAACUACUCGACGGUGAUUGGACCGUCAUCGCUACCGAUGCAGACUGGGAAACCAAAUUUAUAUGGCGUCGACUUUCCUUCUUCGCGGGUACCAGCGAAGUAGAAAUUAAAUGGACGAUCGAACCUCACGUUAAACCCGGAUAUUACCGUAUUCGUCAUUUCGGCACCUUUAAAUACAUAUCUGGCAGCAAGGAAGAAUACAAUGGUACCACGCAAGUCUUCAAAGUGACUAAAUUUUAAGCCCAAUGUACUUACCUAAGGAUAUUGCCAUAUAAAAUUAUAAUACUCAUCCUCGAUGCGAAUUCCAUCACUACUGAUCUCAAUACCCCUUCUCGUUGCGCUUCUUCGUAAUCAAACUUGGCCAAUUAUAGUAUGUAAUUUAUGAUUAACGAGUCCGAUAACAGCGAAUCCGGAUGUUGAAUGCAACAUCUACACGAGAUUGCGAUCUGGAUCUGCUUCAUUUUUUUUUUAAUUUUCGCCAAUUUUUCCUCGUAUUUUUCUACGUUUUUUUUUUGUUUUUUUUUUUGUCCCUCACCCCCCCCCCCUUUCCUCCUCCAAAAAAAAUGUAAAAUAAGAGCAAACAUUGCGUUUGAAUGCAAGAUAUCUAAAUACAUAUAUUUGUACAUAUGUGAUAUGUUUGUAAUGAUACCUAUUUAAUUCCAUUUCAAUCAAAUCGACAACAAAUUGAAUUUGAUUAUACGUAUUUUUGUGUGUAUACCUGUCUUGUACAAUAAUUUGUAAUGUUGAUAGUAAAUUUUGGAAAUUUUCUGUU